AUGGCCCUGUCCGGCCCGUCGCCAGCACCGUCUCCAUCUCCUGGGCCACACGAGCUUUGCUUCUCCAGAAUCUGCCAGACCUGCGCGAUGAAGCUACACUUGGCUAGCUCUAGGGUCGGUGUAUGCGGCCGGUCCACCCGAGCCCGAGCACAUCUCCACCUUGCCUUCCUCCUCGUCCUCGAUCGUCCUGCACCAUAUGACCCCGCGAAGCUGCUCGCGACGAGUCACAAGUCAAUGCGUGCCCUCGCAUCAGUCAGAGUCGGCCGACGUCCACCGGCGGCAUACAUGGCGGCUAGCAAGGGCGCGAGGAAGAGCCUGGUGUCGAGGACGCUGGAGCGGUGCCGGUCCGGGCUGAACAGCGGCGGCCGGUCGUCCGCGGCGGUCGCGCCGGGGUGCUUCUCGGUGUACGUGGGGCCGGAGCGGGAGCGGUUCGUGGUGCGCGCCGACCGUGCCAACCACCCGCUCUUCCGCCGCCUCCUCGACGACGCCGAGCAGGAGUACGGCUACGCGGCGCAGGGGCCCCUCGCGCUGCCCUGCUCCGUCGACGCCUUCCUCGACGUGCUCUGGCACAUGGACCACGACGUCCAGGACGAGGACGACGACAACGAGGCCGCCGUGGCCCCGAGGACGCCCAUAUGCGGCCUGCAGCGCGGCGGCAGCGGGAACAUCAAGGUACGGCCGGCGGGGUACCGGGUGCUCAGCCCGCCCAAGUCCACGCCGCCGUCCUUCUUCUUCUCGCAGACGGCGGCCGGCGGCAGGAGGUGAGCUCUAGGCGCGCAGCUGGCUAGCAGAAGCAGAAGCAGAACCGGAAAAGGAAUCUGUGCGCGCAUACGUACAAAGACCGAGCAGGUGCUUAAUUUGCAUAUACUUACUUAGACGACUCAAGCACACAAACACGCCUAGCUGAUUUAGAUUGUAGUAAAAGUGAAAGGAAAGAAGAUCUAUUGUAUGCAUGCAUGUAAGCGCGUGUGUUCGAUGUUCUUUGUAUUUUCCGGUUUCACGGAAAUGAAAAUUGGAGCUUAAGCUCCUAAAUUAGGAACAAAAAGUGGAAGUGUGUGUGUGGGAUACACAAGAAAGAGAUUAACUUUGUGUGAUCAUUUUGUUUGAUCUAUAACAUGUGUUUCUUUAUGGAGUAUCGAACAUUUUUUCUAUGGCAAAUUAUAGUGUCGUGAGGAGGACAAUUUUAAUUUGCAAGCACGGAAAAUCCUGGCGACAAACAGAAUAACCCGAAUU